AUGGCUGAUUUGCAAGGUCGCAAGGUCUUCAAGGUCUUCAACCAGGACUUCAUCGUGAAUGAGAACUACAAUGUCACCAAAGAGCUCGGCCAGGGUGCGUACGGCAUCGUCUGUGCCGCCACCAACAUUCAGACCGGCGAGGGUGUCGCGGUGAAGAAGGUUACCAACGUCUUCAGCAAGAAGAUUCUGGCCAAGCGCGCCUUGAGAGAGAUCAAGCUACUCCAGCACUUCCGUGGACAUCGCAAUAUUACUUGUCUUUACGAUAUGGACAUCCCCCGCCCGGACAACUUCAACGAAACAUAUCUCUACGAGGAAUUGAUGGAAUGUGAUCUCGCGGCCAUUAUCCGCUCCGGCCAGCCCUUGACCGACGCGCAUUUCCAGUCUUUCAUCUACCAGAUCCUUUGUGGUCUUAAGUACAUCCACUCCGCCAACGUUCUGCACCGAGAUCUGAAGCCCGGAAACUUGCUUGUCAAUGCCGACUGUGAGCUUAAGAUCUGUGACUUCGGUCUCGCUCGUGGUUUCUCAAUCGACCCGGAGGAGAACGCCGGUUACAUGACAGAGUAUGUCGCGACAAGAUGGUACCGUGCGCCGGAGAUCAUGUUGAGCUUCCAGAGCUACACCAAAGCUAUUGACGUGUGGUCUGUUGGCUGCAUUCUCGCCGAGCUUCUUGGUGGACGUCCCUUCUUCAAGGGACGUGACUACGUGGACCAGUUGAACCAGAUCCUUCACUUCCUGGGAACACCCAACGAAGAGACUCUGUCUCAAUACGUGCGCAACCUGCCCUUCAUGCCCAAGAUUCCCUUCCAGCGUCUAUUCCCGCAAGCCAAUCCCGACGCGCUGGACCUUUUGGACCGGAUGCUGGCAUUCGAUCCGUCGCAGCGUAUCUCUGUUGAGCAGGCACUGGAGCACCCCUACCUGCACAUUUGGCACGAUGCUUCGGAUGAGCCCACGUGCCCAACUACCUUCGACUUCCACUUCGAGGUCGUUGACGACGUCCCCGAGAUGCGCAAGAUGAUCCUGGACGAGGUCAUUCGCUUCCGCUCCUCCGUCCGCCAGCAGUCCCAGGCUCACGCCGCCCAGCAGCAGCAGAUGGCCCAGCAGACCAACGUCCCCAUCCCCGAGAACCAGCAGGGCGGCUGGAAGACCGAAGAGCCCAAGCCUCAGGAGGCGGCCGCCGACGGCGGGCACCCGAAUGACCUGGAGUCAUCGUUGCAGCGCGGCAUGGACUCUGUGCAUCGUUAA